AUGGACAUCUCAAAUGCAAUUGCUCAGUAUCUGAAUGAUGUGGUCUUCUCUAAAUGGUCCAUCACUGGCUGCCUUGAAUUUUUAGCAGAGAAGGAUAUAUGGGUGACAUCUCAAAAACGAGAAGAAAUUAUGAAUGAAUUCAAACGCCAGAUGGAGAUGACAAGCACCCAUAAGUCAGUAAUUCAAAAGGCCCGAAACAAGGCAGCAAAGCUUUCUAGUAGCACUGAACAGGUGUUUCAGUUUGAAGAGAUCAAAGUCUUUUUUGAUCAAAUGGAGAAAGAAGCUAACGAACGUUUGUUGAACGUCAAAACGAGCUCUACAAGUGAUCUAACAACACCAGUUAGAGAUGCACCCUCUCUAGUAAUGCCUUCUGCAACCAACUCAGUCACUGCCUUAGUUGAUUCAAGAA